AUGAAUAUUUUACGUUCAUUUUUAUUUAAUAAAACUUCUACAACAACACCUGAAGAUGAAUUAAAGCAACUUGCUCAAGAAAACGAAAUAUUUCAAACAGAAAAACAAAUAAGACCAGAUGAUUCGUUAAUAAAUGGAAAUCACAAUAUGAAUGGUGAACGACGAGCAAUGAAUGUGAAUAACAAUCAUCAUCAUCAUCAUCAUCACCAUCAAGUUCUUAUUAAUUCUGAUCAUAAUCCUAAUAAAACAAGCUUAAUGCAUAUCGAUCUAUCAAAAUAUAUACAUCAUGAUGGACAAUAUCUUCCAAUUGAUUAUAUUCUUGUAUAUACACGUUAUCAUUUAAAUCAUUUUCGACGAAGUCAGAAAUUUAAACGUCAACAACAUGAUCAAUAUAGACAAUUUUUUCAAGAUCGUCUCAGAAAAUUAGGUUUUAUUGUUGUUGAAGAACGAUUAACUGAUGAAGAAAACGAUCUUCUAAAUUUACGUCAAGCUGAAACAUCAGCUGAUGUUCAUGAUAAUAAUGAUAAUGAUGAAAGUAAUCAUGUAUUGGUUCGUGGUUUUUCAACCUUACAACGACAGGUAUCAAUACGUUUACAAAAUAUUAGUUCACAUUUAAAAAAAGAUACAAACGAAAAUAAUAAUACAAAUGGAAUGCAAAUUGAUACAAUUAAUGAAGAAGAAACUAUAAAAUUAAAUAAUUCAACAGAUAAUAUUAAACAUGAAAAUGAAAAUGAAUCAAAAAAUAAAUCUCAAACAACAAAUGAACAUGAUAAUGAAAUAGAACAAGAUGAACGAUAUUUUGUUAAAAUUCAUGCACCAUUUGAAGUACUUCUUGUAUUAGCAGAAAAAUUAAAAGUUAAAUUACCAUUUAGUGAAAAUAAAUCACCAUUAAAACCCGAUUUAUUUGAUCAAGGUUUACCAUGUCAAUUAACUCGUCUUAAUGCACGUGAAUUUCCUAAAUCACAUAAUGGAAAAUCUUUUUUUACGGCUUGUUAUCAAAAAAGUCUUCAUUACAGAUUUGCCAAAUAUUUUGAUGAUGUUGAUAAAGUUUUUCGUCCAGCUGAACGAAGUCGUCUUGUUUAUGAAACUCUUCUUCGUUGUCCAUAUCAACCAUCAGACUCAAUGUCGCCAACCUUGAAUGACAGAAGAAGUGAAGCAUCAGAAACAGAUUCAAGAAUAAUAAAUCAUAAUAUCAUUACAAAAAAUCGACAACUACAUGCAAGCGAAAAUCAAACAUUAAAAAUUGAAGAAGUUUUUACAUCAAGUACAAGACAAUCAGUAAAUUGUCUAAUUAAACUUUUAGGAACGAAAGAUACAGGUAUUGAAGUAUUACUUGAAGAAGGUGUAUAUGAAGCAGCAUAUCCAUUACAUGAUCAACUUAUUCGUAAACAAGAUGCUGGUGAACCUGAAGCAUGGAAUGAUCGAAUGAAAUUAUAUCAUCGUUGGGCAAAAUUUAGCAACAUAUUUCGUAUUCAACCAAUUCAUGCUAUUAGAAAUUAUUAUGGUGAACGUUUAGCAUUUUAUUUUGCUUGGCUUGGAUGGUAUAAUUCGUUAUUAAUAAUUCCGUCAAUUCUUGGGAUAUUUGUUCUUUUAUGGGGUCUUCUGUCAGUUAAAUAUGAUAGACCAACACUUGAUAUAUGUAAUUCAACUUCUAGUUAUUUAAUGUGUCCAAAACUUGAUCGACAAUCAUAUUGGUUUAUAAAUGAAACUUGUUUUAAUGCAAAAAUGUCUUAUAUAUUUGAUAAUUCAGCUUCUGUAGCUUUUGCUAUAAUGAUAAGUAUAUUUGCUGUAAGUGUUAAUUUCCUUUGGCAACGACAUGAAUUUCGACUUCAAUAUGAAUGGGAUAUGACGGAUAUUACCGACGAAACUGAAACAUUACGACCAGAUUUUGAACGACGUGUUGAAAAAAAAAUUGUAAAUCAAAUAACUGACAAACUUGAACCAUAUGUACCAGCUUAUAAAAGAAUUCUUUAUUAUACAUCAUCGUUUUCAAUUGUAUUAUUAAUGGUAUUACUAGUUGUAGCUGUUGUUGCUGGUAUUGUUAUUUAUCGAUUAAGUGUUUCAGCAGCAUUUAAUUCAAUUGAUCGACAAAUGUGGAUUUAUCGAUGGAAACCAAUUAUUGUUCCAAUAACUGGAGCAUUAAUCAAUUUAGUUAUAAUUCUAAUUUUACAAUAUUUCUAUGAAAUUCUUGCUAUAUGGUUAACAAAUGUUGAAUUACAUCGUACUGAUAAAACUUAUGAAGCAAGUUUAACAAUAAAAAUGUUUUUAUUUCAAUUUGUAAAUUAUUAUGCAAGUAUAUUUUAUAUAGCAUUAAUAAAACCAUUAAUUAUAUAUAAACCAACAUAUCUUGAUCGACAUUCAAAAGCAUUUCGUCUUGAAGAAUGUGAUGUAAGUGGUUGUGUAUGGGAAUUAUCAAUUCAAUUAAUAAUUAUAAUGAUUGGUAAACAAUUAAUAUCAAAUAUAUGGGAAUUUUAUUUUUCUAAAUUAUGGAAUAUGUGUCGUAAACGUAUUAAAUUUCGUCAUACAGUACGACAAAUAAAAUUACGUAAUGCUAAAAUGAAACAAAUGGAUGAACAAAUAUCAAUAACUAAUUUAAAACGUUCAUAUGAAGAAGAUUUUUUAUUACAACCAUUCGAAUUAACAACAUUAUUUUAUGAAUAUUUAGAAAUUAUAUUACAAUUUGGUUUUAUAACUUUUUUUUGUUUAUCAUUUCCAUUAGCACCAUUAUUUGCUUUUAUAAAUAAUAUAUUUGAAAUACGUAUUGAUGCACUUAAAGUUGUUAAAGAAUUUCGUCGACCUGUUGCACGUCGUGCUAUGGGUAUUGGUACAUGGAAUGCAAUAUUAACUAUAAUGGCUAAAAUAACUGUUUUAUCAAAUGCAUUUUUAAUUGCAAUUACAUCUGAAUAUAUACCUCGACAAGUUUAUUAUUGGACUAUUGGAAAUUAUUCAUUAAAUGGUUUUCUUAAUCAUACAUUAGCACCAUUUCAUUCAAGUGAUUUUCCAUCAAUUAUUAAUCGUACAUUACUUGAAUGUCAAUUUAUUGAAUCACGUUUAAUUGAUUUAUCUAAACAAUCAAUAUUUUUUAUACCAUUUGCUCAAUCAUAUCAUUUAUCAUAUUUUGAUUGUAAUUCAACAUUAGCUAAUGAAAUACGUUCACAAAUUGAUUUUUCUACUUGUUAUUAUAAAGAUUAUCGACUUGAUCAUACACGAAAUUAUGGACGUUCAUAUAUGUUUUAUUAUGUAAUGGUGGCACGAUUGGCAUUUGUUAUUAUUUUUGAACAUUUUGUGUAUAGUAUUCUUUUUCUUGUUCGAAACCUCAUUUCACGUGUACCACGUAAUGUUCGUGCUCAACUUGAACGAUGUCGGUAUUUAGUGCAACAAAUGUAUUGGGGUGCUGAGUUGUAUGCUCAAAAUCCAAAUCUUAUUAAAAAAGAUGAAAAUCGUGUUCGACUUGAUGAAGAACAAAAUGAAUACGGUGGACAAAGUACUCUUCCAUCGCUUAUGACAAAUCCAAAUGAAUCAAGUUUUCAUGCAUGUAUUACUCCAGAAUAG